AUAAUUUCACUUUUUUCCGGAAUUUUAUAAUUCUUAUGUCCAAACGCCCACUAAAUCAUUAACUCCCGAGUCAUUCUAAUUCUACCUGUAUUUUAGCUGAGAACUCUACUCUGCACACAAGUUCAUCAAUAAACAAAAUAAACAGCUUAAAUCCUUUAGCCAUAAUGAAGAUUCCAAGAACAAUUUUUUUACUUCAGUUUUUCACUUUCUUAUAUCUCUUCACAUUUACUCUUGCUUCCACUGAGGAAGCAACUGCUCUCCUCAAAUGGAAAGCCACUUUCCAAAACCAGAAUAAUACCUUGUUGGCUUCAUGGAAACUAAGUCCUGUUGGUUCCAAGAAUUCUUCCGGCAUUGGAGCGGCGAGUUCUGGUGCAUGCAGGGGCUGGUAUGGAGUUAUAUGCGUUAACGAUAGGGUAAACAGGUUGAAUAUUACAAAUGCUGGUGUCAUCGGCACGCUCUAUGAUUUUCCAUGUUCGUCCCUCCCUUUUCUUGAAUAUGUUGAUCUUAGCAUGAACCAGCUCUCUGGCACUAUCCCACCUGAAAUAGGCAAACUCACUAAUCUUGUCUAUCUUGACUUGUCGACUAAUCAGAUUUCAGGCACAAUCCCACCACAAAUUGGCGCACUUGUCAAUCUUGUUGAAGCUCGUCUUGAGAAAAACCAAUUAACAGAUCAUAUUCCUCCAGAAAUAGGUAACUUGAUCAAUGCAAAAAUUUUCUAUGCUUUCUCCAAUGAAUUGUCUGGUGCCAUUCCUGCUGAAAUAGGGAAGAUGAAGUCACUUAAGCAAUUAUUGUUAUAUAGAAACAAUCUUUCUGGUCCAAUCCCAAACAGUAUAGGUGACUUAAUUGAUCUCACACUUCUGUACCUUUAUGUUAACAAACUUUCUGGCUCCAUUCCUAGUGAGUUGGGAAAUCUGGAAAACCUCAUGGAUCUUGAAUUAUCCCGUAAUCAACUUACCGGUCCAAUUCCUGCUUCAUUUGGCAAUUUAAGAAAAUUGCAAUUUCUGUUUCUCCAUGUUAAUAGACUUUCUGGCUCCAUUCCUGCAGAAAUAGGAAAGAUGAAGUCACUUCAGCAUUUAAUCUUACAGGCUAACAAUCUUUCUGGUCAAAUUCCAAAAACUCUAGGUGACUUAACUGAGCUCAAAACUCUGUACCUUUAUGUUAACAAACUUUCUGGCUCCAUUCCUGCCGAAAUAGGGAAACUUGUCAAUCUUAUUGAAGCUGAUCUUGAUACAAACCAGUUAACAGGUCGUAUUCCUGUAGAAAUAAGUAACAUGAUCAAUGCAAAACUGUUCUAUGCUUACUCAAACGAAUUGUCUGGUCUCAUUCCCAGUGAGUUGGGGAAUCUGAAAAAUCUCACUCGUCUUGAUAUAUCCAGUAAUCAACUUACUGGUUCAAUUCCUGCUUCAUUUGGCAAUUUGAGAAACUUGCAAGUUCUGUCUCUCCAUCACAACAAACUUUCAGGUUCCAUUCCUAAAGAACUUGAAUAUUUAGAUAACUUGGUUGUGCUGGCAUUGGGUGUAAAUCAGUUUUCAGGCCAAUUGCCAGAGCAUCUUUGCCAAGCUGGGAAGCUUGUGAGCUUCUCGGUGACUAGUAACAAGCUGACAGGGCCAAUAUCACGAAGCUUGAGCAAGUGCUCGAGUUUCCAAUGGGUUCGUUUUUCUAACAACAGUUUCACUGGGAAUUUAUCUGAAGCUUUUGGCAUCUAUCCAGAGCUUCAGUUCAUCGAUUUGAGUGACAAUGACUUUCAUGGAGAACUCAGCAGCAACUGGGGGAAAUGCAAGAAUCUGACUGAUCUGCAGAUAGCCAGAAAUAACAUUAGUGGUAGCAUACCACCAGAGAUUGGAAAUCUCAAAGGGCUUCUAGGACUUGAUCUUUCAUCGAAUCAAUUAGUUGGGCAGAUUCCUAAGGAUUUUGGAAAAUUGACCUCUUUAGUUAACUUAUUUGUGAAAAACAACCACAUUCAUGGUAGUAUUCCUACGGAGCUUGAGUCACUAACAAAGUUAGAGUCCCUUGAUCUGUCAGAUAAUAGAUUGAACGGGCCGAUUCCAACAUUUAUAGGAGGUUACACGAACAUGUUUCUCUUGAACCUGAGCAACAACAAGUUCGGCCAGAAAAUUCCAGAAGAGAUAGGUAGGAUAACUCAUCUUAGUGUACUUGAUUUGAGCCAUAACCUUCUUGAUGGAGAAAUACCCCCUCCAUUAGCCAGUUUGCUAGACUUGGCAGACUUGAAUCUUUCUCACAAUGGCCUCUCUGGCCGCAUUCCUGAAGAAUUUGAAAGUUUAACUGCUUUGCAGGAUGUUGUCUUGUCAUACAAUGAGUUGGAAGGUCCAAUACCAAAUAAUAAAGCUUUUUUGACUGCCUUAUUAGAAGGUAAUAAAGGUCUUUGUGGCAAUGUAACAGGAUUCCAGCCUUGCGAAAGUCCAUUUUCUGUGGUGAAGAAGAACUCAAGACGUAAAAAAAUCCUCAUCACUGUACUUCCUGUUAUGGGAGCACUAGUACUUCUCUGUGCUUUCAUUGGUGUUCUACUUAUGUGUAAUAAAAGAAGGAAAUUUAAAGAUGUUGAAAGACGGGAUGAUGGUUUGUUUUCCAUAACCAUGUUAGAUGGAAAAGCAUUGUACAAGGAUAUCUUAAACGCCACACAGGAGUUUGAUUCAACAUUUUGCAUUGGGAAAGGAGGACAUGGAAGCGUUUACAAGGUAAACCUUCCAUCAUUAGGGAAUAUAGCUGUGAAGAGACUUCAUUCUUCAUUUGAGAAUACACAUCGCAAAAGCUUCAUGAAUGAGGUAAGGGCAUUGAUAGGGACUAAGCAUCGGAACAUUGUGAAACUUUAUGGCUAUUGUUCGAAUGCAGAACACUCGUUCUUGGUUUACGAGUACGCCGAGAGGGGGAGUUUGUCUAGUAUUUUGAGUAAUGAAAUUGAGUCCAAGAAUUUGGAUUGGCUUAAAAGGGUGAAUAUCAUCAAAGGUGUUGCUUUUGCUUUAUCUUACCUGCACCAGGAUUGCUCACCACCGAUUGUUCAUCGAGACAUAUCAAGCAGUAAUGUUUUGCUUGAUUCUGAGUAUGAAGCUCGUGUUUCAGAUUUUGGCAUAGCUAAGCUUCUCAUGCCAGACUCAUCCAAUUGCACUGUGCUUGCAGGCACAUAUGGCUAUGUUGCACCUGAGCUUGCAUAUACAAUGAAGGUUACACAAAUGUGUGAUGUCUAUAGCUUUGGAGUAUUAACAUUGGAGAUAAUCAAAGGAAAGCAUCUUGGGGAAUGCAUUACUCUGCUAGCAAAUUCAUCGAGUAGAGAUCAUGUGCAGCUUAGUGAUUUGUUGGAUGAACGCCUUCCAUGUCCUGAAGAUAGAGUAAAAGAGGUUUUGGUUUUCAUCAUCAAUCUAGCAAGCUCUUGUUUGCUUGAAACUCCAAAAUCAAGGCCAACAAUGCACUUCAUCUCUCAUAGGUUAUCAUCAAUGGAUCUACGUCCACCUACUCAUCAGAUAAACCCCCAUGUAAGGCGAGCUAUAUAAUCCCUGAUACGUAAGGUGUCUUUUUAUGGAAAUGAAUAACCUUUGACACCAAGUGGUUGUGAUGCAAGUAAUUUGAUGAGAAGGUCCAUGACAAAAUCUAGAAGAUACUGUUUCGUUACUAGAUUUUCUAGAAGCCUUGUAGUAACCUCGUAAGAAGGGUAAAGUUCUCUUUUGCUUAAUCUACUUUGUAAAUAUGGUGCCCAGCGCUUCCUUACUGUUACCAUUCUAAAAAAAAAGGUCCAUGACAAAAGUAUUACUGGGAUUAAUAUUUCUAUAUUGUUAGGGUGCUUAUAAAAUAUGAUUCACACUGUAAAUUUGUAUAACGACAUUUAAGCCAGAUACCAAAAUAUUCCAGCUUUAUAAACAAAAAAACAAUCACUGCCUGGUCACAAACAUAUAUCAGAAAUAAAAUUAUGAUACUCGAAUCAGUGCAAUUCAGAAUCCAGAAGUAUUCACAUAAGGGAUGAAUUGUGCAACCAUAGAUAAUCCAGACGUAUCUAUUUUUCAGAUAGGCCAAUAAAAAAAUAGAGAAAUAGAACUUAUUAUCUGCGUUUAUAGAUAAUUCACUAAAU